AAAACGUUAAAAAUAAACGAAUUAAGUAUAAACUGGUGUUCUGCUAAUCAAAGUGAAAUGUGCAAACUUACUUUUCUUUGAAGGGAUGGAUAAGAUAAAAGCAUACGAUGAAUUACGUAAACAACUGGAAAAUGAUGAAUUUACACAAAAGGGCUUUGAUGACAGAGUAAAACAUUUAUUGUGUGGAGAAGACGCACACAGUGAAGGAAGUCAAGGAACAUUGGAGACAAAAGAAAAAAAUGAGAAGGCAUUUAUGGAUGCAGCACAAGUAUUUACCAAGGCAAAACAUUUUAUAAAACCCCAGCUGAAAAAAUGUUAGUUUCCCCUUCGUCGGAAAGAAAAGUCCCUGUUAAAGAUAAAAAUGAGUCCCAUGGAGUGGAAACCACGAACAUCCAAAAAACCAGGCAGAUAUCAAAAAGUCAUUCUUGAAGAAGCCCCCCCAAGGAUCCUAGUGGCAGGCACAGAAGAUUAUGAUGGACUGAUACGUAUUGCAGGAUGCAUUUUGGACAGAAAUGGAAAGAGAGGGAAGUGCAUUCACUCUUUGCCUUUCAGAUGGCACAAGGUGGACAAAGGAGCAGUUUUGCCAAGGAUAUGGAUCUGUCUCUGAGAUUCCAACUCCCUGGAAGAGAACAUUUUAUAUUGGACGUAGAGAAAUGGAUAUUAUCGGUGAAAGCAGUUCAGCAUUAGAUCAUGGUGCAAGGGAGACCUCAGUUCCAGAGAUCCAAAUUGCAACUCCUAAUCCAGAGAGGCCCAUGGAAGGUGUUUGCCCACAAAAUGAAGUGUUUUAUGCGUCAUCUAAUGUAGUCAUCAUUUUACCAUCAUUGUAUUCUCAACGCCUGCCAUUAGUGGACGAAUCACUAAUCAAUUACAGUGAACAGAACAUGUUGGGUGAAGGAACAUUUGGGAAAGUAUAUCCCACCGCUGCCAUAAAGAGGAUUCCAUAUGGCAUAGCAGGACUUCAAGAUCAGGACAUACAGCAUGAGAUUCUCGUCGCAAUGCGAUUGAGCCAUCCCAAUAUUGUACGACUUAUGGCAGCAGCCCACACUGAAAACACGUUCUUGCUGGCCAAUGAAUACAUUCACGGUACAACCCUGGAUAAUGUGCUACACAGUGACAAUGCUUGUGUUAAGCUUGAAGGAAACGAUAGUCAUUUUGUUGCCCUGGACAUUUCAAUGGCUGUUGAAUACAUCCAUUCAAAAAAUGUCAUCCAUCAGGAUCUGAAGCCUGACAAUAUCCUGAUUGACCAGUUCUCCAAAAAGGCUGUGCUUACUGACUGGGGACUUGCCAACAUAAGGGGCACAGUUUUAUUGCGGCAAGGAAGCAGAUUCACUGGAGGGAAAAUAGGACCAAUGGGUGGGACUUUUCUUUACAUGGCUCCAGAAUGUCUAAUUGAAUUUGAAGAGGCUUCCAGAAGCUCAGACAUCUGGUCUUUGGGAGAAACAUACCUUGAACUUUUUACAAAGUUGAAGCCCUGGACAGUAAAAAACCAGAAGCAGUUGUGCAGCCUGUUGACAAAAAAUGCACAGCCACACGCUCUGGAACAUCUGUGUGAAAGAUACAGUUUCAUCUCUGUGAUGGUACACUAUGACCCACCAUCAAGACCUGAAGCUUCAUCUGUUGUUCUCUCCUUAAAAACUGUUGAGCGGCUAGUUCUUCAGAGCCGUUAUGGUUACAAAUGGUAAAUAACAAUUGUGUCAAAAGUUUACAUAUAACCUGCAGAAAAUGGAAAACGUUGCAGAUAUUUAAGUAUAGUCAACAACACCAAAAAAAAAAAAACAUUUAAUAACUUAACUUACAAAAAUAAGCCAGUUCAAAAUUUUCCACACACCUCAUUCUUUCUACUGUACAAUGUUAACUGAACAGUUAAUGUCAGUUAUUUGUCAUAGCUGUUGAAGAGUUUCCUGUUCGGUCAGAGCUUACAAAACAUAAGAACUGUUCAGUUAACAUUGUACAGUAGUAAGAAUCAGGUGUGUGGAAACUUUUAAUCUGGCUUAUUUUUGUUGUUGACUAAAUGUAAACAUCUGUUGUGUGAACUAGCUUGUUCAGUGCAGUUUCUAAUUAAAACAAAUUGUUCAAAUAAAUUCUUAAUUUUCAAAAUCCCUCUUAAUUUUCUGAAAUUUGCAUUUUUCACAUUCUGCAGGUUGUAUGUAAACUUUUGCUCGUU